AUGGCAGAAACAAUUCUUUCUAACGAACCAAAUCAUGAUACUUCAGAAACCUCAAAACCUACCUCAAUACCUCAAACUACUACUGAAAAUAAACGAGAUUUGCAACAAAUUGAUUCUGCUUUUGCAUUACAAGAAUAUCUACAGUCACUGAUAAGAGCCGACAAAGAUAACCUAGAUGCUCUAGUGGAAUUACCACCAGGACAAGAUCAAGAGACUUGGCAAUAUGAGCAUUUAAGGCAAUUAUGUCUCGAGCUUAAUUAUCUGGUAGUUCAACUAGAAGUUGAAUGCACUCGCCAGUCUUGCCCAGAGAUGAAAGCUGAUGAAUGGCAAUAUCUUUGCGCUGCACACCAAGCUCCAACGAACUGUUGUGCGAUUGAUUAUAUUGUUCAUACGUUAGAUGGAGCAACGACUUUAUUAAAUAGUCAUAAAUAUUUUCCGAGCAGGAUAUCAAUUCCCGAGACAUCACUGAAACAUUACCAAUCUAUCGCACGACGACUUUACCGAAUAUUCGCACAUGCAUGGUUUCAUCACCGAGAAAUUUUUGAAGCUUUCGAGGCAUAUCAUUCUCUAUUCAAUGAUAGGACCGAAUUUCGAGUAGUAGGUAACAUGGCAUUGUUGCCUAUAAAGACAAAAUUAAGAGGACCACCAUCUCUAGCACCCGCUCCUCCAACAGAGAAUGAUGUCAUUGAUGAAGCAUUAGACCUUUUUAGAGCCAAUUGUCUAUUUCGAAACUUUGAGAUACAAGGCAAUGCGGAUAGAGUUUUGAUUUAUUUGAUCUUAUUUAUUAGUGAUUGUUUGUCUUGUUUGGGUAAAGCAGGAAAAAAUACAUCACAAAAAGAAGCUAUAAAGAUAUUGAAUAGUCGUGCUUUGGAUAAUUUUGCACUUCCCGGAGAUCCAACUUUUCCAUUAAAUGCUUUAUACGCAUCACCUGGAAGCGAUGCAGCUCGUCAGGAAUUGGCAAAUCGAUUGGUUGAAAGAGUUUAUGUUGAUGGGAAACAAAGUAAAUGGUGGAUGAGCUUCCAAAAGAAAAAAUUCAUGAAUAAAUCAUUGUAA